AUGAUGUCAAUUCUACAGCCGUCCCAGGAGUGUGGCUUCUCCUUUCGUUUGGACCUCUCCCAGCGCCUGUCGCGCUUGAGCCGCUGCCAGGGUGGCGUCGCCGAGCGUGGGCGGCUGCGAGGGUUGGUGCAGCCCACCGAGCGGGUGCUGGUACUGGGCUCCGGCAUUGGACUGAGCUCCUGCAUUGUGGGUGCUGGAGCCUUGGAGGUGUGGGGCCUGGAGAAGGAUGAGGUGAAGCAUGGCUUUGCUGAGGCCAACAUCAUUGAGAAUGAGCUGGAAGGAAAGGUUCGGAGCAUCGCGCGGGAUCCUUUGGACGUGAACGACCUUGGCGGCUUUCAUCGGAUCUGUGCAUUUCUCAAAUUCCAGCCGGAGUUCCACCGGGAGCCCUUGGCGGUCUUGGACGCCUUCCGUGCGUUGUCGGGUCGCCCCAUGCAGCUGACUUGGCGCGGCCGUGUGCCACGGAAGUCCAUCGCACGGGAUAGCUACCGAGCCUUGGACAAACCACGCGACGUGACGAGAAAGGUCAUCAUCUUUGCCUUGCAUUCUGUGUGCUCCAUUAGUUUGACCCUGCUGAACAAGCAGCUGGCCAAAGAGAUCCCAUUUCCCCUCUCCAUCGUGUUUUUCCAAUGUGUUGCCAGCAUUGGCUUUACUAUGAUUGCAAAUGUGUGGCUUGCCCAAAUCAAGAAGAUCCAACUAUCUCAUCUGCCCGGCGCUAUGCUCAUUUCGGUCUUGUUUCUCUCCUGCCUGACUAGCAGCUUACUGGGGCUGAAGCACGUCCAUGUGCCAAUGGUCGUGGUGGGGAAGAACUUGGGGCCUUUUUGCACAGCCUUGCUGGAAGCAGUUCUCCUGAAGGCGACCCUGAACCCGCGGACCCUCUUCUCCCUCCUUCUGGGCGUCAUUGGCAGCACGCUCUAUGCCAUGGGCGAUUUGAACUCGCUGUUCCAAGGCCUUUUUCUAGUUGGUGGUAAUGCACUUCUGGUGGCCCUCACCUCUGUCUCGGAGAAGUAUGUGGUGCGGACCGUGGAUCAGGUGCCCUUUGUGCUGGAAACGGUUCACAGAAUGCAGAUGUCUUCGGCAUGGGCCCCAUCCCAUACCUGCCAGUUGACGCACAGGAACCACAUCCAGUCGUCUAGCCGUGCUCAUCCAUUUUGA